UUCUGGCUUAAGCAAUACACUCGCCGAUAAAAAACAUCGUUAUUUACUGUCGAUAGUGAAAUAGUUUCCUGCCGUGCGAUAGUUUCCCAUAAAGUAUGUAUUUUAUAACGAUCGCACUUCUCAGUGUUUACGGUCAGUCGGACGCGCGCCAUCAAAGCGUCAACUUGAAUCUAGAAACUUCUUUACUUUUCGAGCCGGGAGAUGAAAACAGUACGUUAUUCUUGGAAAAAAUACAGAACCUCUUAGAUCAGAUAAAACAUGCCAUAUCCGCUAAACCGGUGUUCAGGAAUCGAGAUGACGACGUAUUUACGAAUUUCCUCAAUAAUUUCUUAAAUGUACUAGUGAAAUACGACGGCAAAGAUCUGAAAAUGUUCAUCCAGAAAUUGAAUAUAGUGUUUAAAAAAAUGUUCAAUAGUAACGUUAUAUUUAGCGAAAAUUCAAAAUCAAUAAUACAGGACUUUUUAAAAGAGCACGCGUAUAAAGAGUCGGAUGAAUUAAAAAGUUACGUCAGAAUGACCACAGAUAAUAAAAACGACAUUUUGUUGUUCGCGUUGAAAGAAUUUAAUAAGUUCUAUAAUAAAAAUGACGCGCACAAAAUGGACGACGUCAUUACGAGACUGGAUAAAAAAAUAAAGAAAAACAUGUCAAAAAUAAUAAAGCAAGCUUUAAACAUAAUGUUUGUUGAUAAAUUUAAAGAACUCGACGAAACAAUGAGAAACGAAUUUAAAACAAUUCUGGAUACGUUUUUGAAAAACUUUUCAAAGAACGGCAAAUCUAACUUGGAUGUUAUCGACGAGAUUUUAAAUAUUUUCGUAAAACAAACUAACGAAACUAACUACGACAGUGAGGGGACCGGGAAGGAGUUAGAAAAAAAUAUAGUCCUAGGUGACGUAGAGAUAUUAGUUAGAAACGAGAAAAAUAAUGAAUAAAAGGCAAAAAGACCACUCAAUAUUUAAUCAUAUUAAGUUUUAAGUCAUUGAUUUUAUUAAAAACAUACAUUAUAUUAAUUACACUUGAAGGCUGAAUGAAAUGAAACACA